AUGAUUAUUAAUACUGAAAUUAGUGCAAAUCCACCGGACUUUGUACAAGCGCCGCCACCCUCCUUUUCCGGCCUUACGACGUCGUUUCCAUUGUCGAGUAAAUUUAAAUUCAACUCCGGAGAAGAAUAUUUACCGCUGGAUAAAAAAUCAACGGACACGGUGAAACCGCUCCCGGACGACCAGCUGUCGCUCCUACUAUCCCCUGACUCAUUCAACGGCUCCGACUCAUCCUCCGUCCUCCGAUCGGGCAAUCCCCACCGUCCGAUUACCUCCUCCUCGUCCGAUUUCUUCUUCCUCUUCCAGAAGCCAGUUAUCUUCCUGGAAAGGCUCCGGGCCAGAGACGGGCUCCCAACUCUCGUCUUCCCCUGCGUCCUGGCGGCGAAGGGCAGGCGUUUCGCGGGGAAGAAGACUUUUCUGAAGGCCGAGAGAGCCGAUUUUGGAGGGAAUCGGACGGUGGUGCAGCAUUGUGAACUUCUGGGGAAGGAUUUGAAGCCGUUGGAUGAGCACGAGCUCAUGUCGUCCAGCAAGUGGUCUUUCAGCAAAGAGGGCUUCGGCAGCGGCCUCGUUGGCCUAGCCCGAAUCAAACUCGAAUCCAUAGAAAAAAUGGAGGGAAAACAGGAUAUAUCUGCGGUCUCCCAUGGCUGGGGCGAAAUAUGGCGCCUAAAGACUCCUCCUGAAUCCGGAGAGAAAGAGAGAGAAAAAGGAGGAUUUUUCGCUUUAUUAAUUGUUGGGUCCAAAGAAACUCCACAGUUCCAAGUCAGCAGGAUCAUCACUCGCCACCUCAUCAUCCCAACUGAACCGCCACCCCAGGCACGGCGGCGGCGACAUCAAAGCCCCCUCCGCCAGCUCCGCCAUAACAUCAUCAUACUCUCCCGAGUAGUCCUCCGCCCUUUCAUCCGGCGCCGGAGCUUUCUCCCGGAAAGCCUCGGCAGCCUCGGCCGCGCACCUCCUCAGCUCCCGGGCAUCAGUCGACGCCGGCACCGGCAACCGCCACACGGAGUCGGCGAAGUUGAGGCACGCUGCCCGGCCCCUCAGGGCCAGGGCCGCCACAUCGUGGGCCCGCGCGGCCAUCUCGGGAGUCGGGUACGUCCCGAGCCACACCCGGCGCUGCUCGGUGGGCUCCCGAAGCUCGCAAACCCACUUUCCGGCGUUCCGCAUCCGCACGCCACGGUACACGGGGUGACGUGUCUCCCGGAAUUUCUUCCUCCCGGCUCGUUUCUUGGGCCGGCUCGACGCCAGGAUGAGGUCGUCCGCCGAGGAAGACGAUGCUUCCGAGGAGUCCAAAUUGGAUAA